GUGUUCUAAAUUUUUAUCCUCUAAUUUGGGACAAGUUCAAAAAUUUUAAUGUUGGAACUAAAAUUCAUUAAUUUUUAAACCUAGAGAAGCAUAACCUGGCCAAAGUCAAGAAGCAAGACAUCUCUAGAUGCCAGACCAUUUUCUAUGGGAUUGAUCCAGACGAAGAAAUUGAACCAUUGGAUUCAACCUCUAAGAUAGAUUCAGAAAAUAGUCAACUUCACAUUGAUUUUAACGAUCUUCUAUAUGUGAAGCUUUCACAAAGGUUGAAGGAUCUCAAGUUAUUCGAUAUAAAUGAGAUUGUUUUCUAUAAUCUUGGGUCUAAAAUUAGGCACUUUGUAGAAUUUUUAGAAUCCUCAUUUCCAAAUAAAACUAAUGAGGUCUAUUUUGAAUCCAGGACUAAAAUGAAUCUGAGUAGGCCAAAUUACUUAAGCUCCCUGAUCAGACUCAGUUCUAAAGUCUGCCAACUAGUCUCAUUUUCUUCUUUCUGCAUUGGCCUCCCCCAAUUAAAGAGACUGGUGGUCGCUUGCAAGCAUGUAGGAGAGCUGAGAUUAUUUUAUUGCAUUAUAUCUACUCCAAGUAUUCCUAAUUUUUCAAAGACUCUUAUAAACUGCCAAAUCCAGAAACUAGGUUUAGGAGGAUCAGGACUCCCUAAUUGAAGUGACUGGAAGCACAACUCUGACCAAUUCAAAAACCUAAUACAAGGAUUAUCAAGUUCUCCAGACCUAAGAUCAAAUCUCAAAGAGAUAAAUCUCAUAUACUGCGGAUUAACCUACACCAAAACCGAACAAAUCCUUAAAGAAAGCCAACUUAGCGCCGUUAAAAUAAUUCACAGAAAUUAAC